GUUCUUAAGUUGUCUGUUAGAAAAGGUGCUUGCUUUAAGCUUCUUUGUCACAGUGUAUGCAUGUUUGAAGUUAAAAAAAGGAUCGAUUUUUCUUCAUUGUAACGUUUAAAGUUUCGUUUUUUUCUUCUUCUUUUCUCUGUUUAUCCAUGAACAUGAAACGAUCUGAGUCAUUAUGAGAUCAAGUUAGGGAAGCUGCAAUGUGAGAAUCAAGAAAAUGCUUCCAAGUCUGAUUCACUCUCUGUGUUUUCUUUUUUGUAGUAGGAUAUAUACCUUAAUGGACAUUCAUGAGCAUGGAGUUUGUGUGGACAAGAAGAAACAACGGGUUAAAUGUAAUUACUGUGGGAAAGAAGUCCAGGGCUUCUCGCGUCUGAAAUUUCACUUGGGUGGUGUAAGUGGAGAUGUAACUCUCUGUGAACAAGUCACAUUUAAUGUUAGAGAGGCUUUUCGAAGUAUGGUUAUGAAGCAAAAACUUAGUUCUGCUGCUGCUAAGGCUAAGAGAGUGCAUAAGCGUGGAAGAAUAGACAUUUCAUCCAGCAAAAGUGGUUCUCCUGAGGAAGGGACUACAAGUGUGGAGGCUAAUAAUGCCCUGGUGUCAAAAACAGCUGUAAUGUUUAUGAAGCAAAAGCUUAGUUCUACUGCUGCUAAAACUAAGAGAGUUGUUGGAAAAGUCCAAAUGGGUAAUGGUCUUAAUAAGCGUGGAAGAUUAGAAUUUUCAUCCACCAAAAGUGUUUCUCCUGAGAUGAGGACUACAAGUGUGGAGGCUAAUAAUGCACUAGUGUCAAACACAGCUGUAAUGUUUAUGAAGCAAAAGCUUAGUUCUACUGCUGCUGCUGCUGAGACUAGGAGAGUUGUUGGGAACGUCCAAAUGGGUAAUGGUCUUAAUAAGCGUGGAAGAUUAGAAAUUUCAUCCACCAAAAGUGUUUCUCCUGAGAAGAGGACUACAAGUGUGGAGGAUAUGAAUUUUCAGUCUAACAAUGCCCAGAAGUGCAUAGCUCGGUUCUUUUAUGAAACUGGUUUCAACUUUUCAGCUGUGGAUUCCCCAGGCUUCCGAGAAAUGAUGUCUGUAAGUGGUGGUAGUGGUGAUAUUCCUGGCUCUCAUGAUUUAGAUGGAUGGAUGCUUCAAGAAGCAUUGAAGGAAGUGCAAGAUCAUGUGAAGAAGAUUAAAGAUUCAUGGGCGGUCACAGGUUGCAGCAUCUUGCUUGAUGCUUGGGUUGACCACAAAGGCCAUGAUCUGGUUACUUUCCUUGCAGAUUCUCCAGCUGGUCCAGUGUAUCUAAAGUCGUUUGAUGUUUCUGAUAUAAAAAGUAACGCCAAUGCCUUGAUAUCACUGGUGGAUGGAGUUGCUGAGGAAGUUGGAGUGCAUAACGUUGUUCAAAUCAUUGCAUGUUCAACCUCUGGCUGGGUUGGUGAAUUAGGCAAGUCUUUUGCGUCUAAUAAUAUGUUCUGGUCCGUGAGUAUAUCCCACUGCUUUGAGCUUAUGCUGGUGGAGAUUGAGAAAAUGGAUUCCUUUGGAGGCAUACUUGACAAGGUGAAUAACAUUACAGAGUUCCUUUACAACAACCCCUUGGUUUGGGAGCUUUUCAAAGAUCCUAGUCAUGGAAAAGACAUGAAGAUCUCCUCCUCCUCCUCUGAGUUUGAGUUUGUGACGCCUUAUCUCACUCUAGAGAAUGUUCUCAAGGCGAAGAACAACUUGGCAGCCAUGUUUGCUUCAUCCGACUGGAACAAAGAAGAGGGCACAUCAGUCUCCAAAUUUGUCAAGGAUCCGUCCUUUUGGGAAUCUGUUGAGAGACUUGUGAAGUCCACAUCUCCUAUGAUCCGCGGUCUAUGCUUGUUUUCUACUGCCAACAAUCAGCAUAUUGGAUAUAUCUAUGACACUAUGGAUGGCAUAAAGGAGAGUAUAGCGAAGGAACUCAGUAAAGAGGAACGAUGUUACAAGCCGGUGUGGGAUGUGAUUGAUGAUGUAUGGAACAAGCAUCUCCACAGUCCUCUUCAUGUAACUGGUUACUUUCUGAACCCGGCUGCCUUCUACUCAACUGACUUCAGUUCUGAUCCAGAAGUUACCACCGGUUUUGUCUCAUCUUUGGUUCAUAUGGUAAAAGAAUGCCACGUCCAAGCUAAAAUUUCCACACAGCUUAAAAUGUACACACUCGGUCAAGGUUGCUUUGAUGAGGCCAGUCAAGCUGCUCAAAUCACUGACAUUGCUCCAGCUGAGUGGUGGGCUCAAAAGGCGAGCCAGCAUCCAGAACUGCAGAGUUUUGCCAUUAAGAUUCUGAGCCAGACGUGUGAAGGUGCUUCAAGGUACAAACUGAAGAGAAGCAUAGCAGAGAGGCUGCUGCUCACUAGAGGAAUGAGCCGUUCUCAGAAAAAGCAUAUGGAAGAGUUUGCCUUUGUUCAUUACAAUCUCCAUCUACAACGCUUCAAAGCUACAUACUAAGUGAAGAGUUUUUGUGCUGCAAGACUUUUGUAUGGACUGACCCGUUCAGCUUAUUUUGUGAAUGUGCAGAUUCUAGUUCUUUAGUCUGUAUAUUCAUUCAGGGAAUGUAAGUAUCAAACUUCUGAUGCUGUAAGUUAUAUUGCGUAGUGGGACGUUUGGGUUUUGAGCCUUGACUUGGUUGUUUUGUGGUAACUAAUUUGAGAUUACAUAUGAAUUAAUCUGUUAACA